CAGCCGGGCCGGAGCGAAGCUGGCGGUGGCCGUGGCGGCGGCGGCGGCUGGGGCUCCGGGGACAAGCGCACGCCCCGGCCGGGCUCCCGCCGUGGGGGGAGGGGGCUCCAACGGCUCCCGAGCUCCCGGCGAGCGGACGGACAAUGACUUGCUACCGAGGCUUCCUGCUGUGCAGCUGCCGUUGCGUAGCGGGAAGCCGGGCGGCCGCAACGGCGCGGCGGUGUCCGUUGGGGAGGGUUCCGGCGGAGAGCGCGGGGCCCCGACUAGGCGGCUUUGGAGGCGGGGGCCGGCGACACCUGGGGCACGGGGGGCACGGGCAGCACGGCCAAGCACGCGAGCUGGAGGGCGGCAGCGCCGGCGGCAGGGGCUGCCCUGCAGGAGGGUUCCGCCCGGCCCGGGUCGUGGUCGUUGCCAAGACCACCCGCUACGAGUUCGAGCAGCAGCGGUACCGCUACGCGGAGCUCUCGGAGGAGGACCUGAAGCAUCUGCUUGCACUAAAAGGAUCCAGCUACAAUGGACUACUUGAGCGACAUCAUAUUCAUACCAGGAAUGUGGAGCAUAUUCUGGAUAGUUUACGGAAUGAGGGGAUUGAAGUUCGUUUAGUGAAGAGGAGAGAGUAUGAUGAAGAGACUGUUCAAUGGGCAGAUGCUGUUAUAGCUGCAGGAGGUGAUGGCACAAUGCUACUGGCAGCCAGUAAGAUCUUGGACAGGUUUAAACCAGUUAUUGGAGUAAACACUGAUCCAGAAAGGUCUGAGGGUCAUUUAUGCCUGCCUGUGCGAUAUACACACUCCUUUCCAGAAGCACUACAGAAGCUUUAUCGUGGUGAGUUCAGGUGGCUAUGGAGGCAGCGAAUCAGGUUAUAUCUUGAAGGAACUGGAAUAAACCCAAUUCCUGUAGAUCUCCAUGAACAGCAACUGAGUUUGGAUCAACACAGCAAGGCCCUCAACAGUACGAGAAUCCAUGAUCAGAGAUCUGAGGUUUCUGGGCCACAACUUUUGCCAGUGAGAGCACUAAAUGAAGUCUUCAUAGGGGAGAGUCUGUCAUCCAGAAUGUCUCAUUCUUGGGCUGUCGCUGUGGACAGUGUAAGAAGAGGUAUAACCACUCUAAAGGGACUGGUGAACUAUAAAUCCUGCAAACCCAGUUUUACAUUUUCAAUUCAUAGGGCCUCCUACUAUGAAAUCUCAGUUGAUGAUGGUCCCUGGGAAAAACAGAAGAGUUCAGGACUCAAUUUGUGUACUGGAACAGGAUCAAAAGCCUGGUCAUAUAAUAUUAACAGGGUCGCAACACAAGCUGUAGAAGAUGUGUUAAAGAUUGCUAAACAGCAAGCAAACUUGGAUCUUCCAUUGAAUAAGGAAUUAAUUGAGAAAGUAACAAAAGAGUACAAUGAAUCUUUAUUGUAUAGUCCGGAAGAGCCAAAGAUGCUUUUCAGCAUUCGGGAACCUAUAGCAAAUCGCAUAUUCUCAAGUAGUCGUCAGCGGUGUUUCUCUUCAAAGGUUUGUGUUCGUUCUCGCUGUUGGGAUGCCUGUAUGGUUAUAGACGGAGGAACUUCUUUUGAGUUUAAUGAUGGAGCAAUAGCUUCAAUAAUGAUCAAUAGAGAUGAUGAGCUUCGAACUGUGCUGCUAGAGCAGUGAAGGAUUUAUAAAUUCGGAUCACCCCAAGAAAACCAUCUUAAUUGCAGAAACGGACUGCAUGUCAUAGCACUGUUCCUUACAAUUUGGAUACACAGCCAACUCAGAAAUUUGGGAGGUCUUGAGAGAACCUCUGUGGUUGAGAAAGCUUGAAAAAAAGUAUUUAUUGUUGAAGAAAACUUAAUGGACUAAAACUACGUGGAAUUCUUAGAUUGGUGCCAGCUGUAUAACCUACAGAUGUUAAGUGGUAAUACCUUUAAAUUUAAAGAGGUAGGUUCAAAUAAAAGAUUAAAUGUAUAGGGUGUGAUUUAACUAUAAUAGGGUCCCUUCACCUCUUCCCUCAUCUCCCACUCCCUCCAAUAGUAUUCGAGGAUUGUUCAAACCAAACAUACUUAUCACUCAUGAAUAUUUUUUUUUUUACAGAGAAACAACUUGAAUGUUAAGAUUUAUUGUUCUGAUGAUGAUGAUAGAUAAUUUUUAUAAAUCCUGACAUUGACCUAUUUGAAAUAGGUAAAUGUUUUUUAUAUGUACUUUUAAGAAUUUUAUAAUUUCAGAACAUGGUGAUGAUAAUGCCUUAUUUUUUCAUCUUCAGUGAUUUAAGGCCAAUGUGAAAUUUGAAUCUUUUUCCUUUUUUGCCCCAUGUUCCCUCUCAUCUUUUAAAAAUUUUACAAGAACCCUUUCAUUUAUAUCUUGAUUCAGGUUAUGCUGUUCACUUGUGGUUGAAAUGCAUUUAUCUGGAGAAAAUCAUGCUGCUAUUAUAAACUUUCUAACUGCUUAAGAAUUGUCUUGAUAAUGAAUCAAAAACUUUUAAAUAUGUGAUCAUUGGAGUAGGUAAUCUCUAAGGUUCCUUCCAUUUCUAUAAUUCCAUGAUGAUGAUGGUAAUGAAGAUGAUGUGAUAAUAAAAUUAAGUUAUAUCUGCAUAAUCUGAAUUUACUUUAACCUUAAGAAAAACCAUCUACUGUUUGAAUCUACUGGCUGGGCACAGAAUCUAAAAGAAAGUCAACACAAAAAUCAGUGAAACAUUUGUAUUCAUUCUCUUUUGAAUGCCUUGGUUAUAGUUUUAUUAUUUUCUUGAGUUUCCAUCUGAUUUACUGCAAGCUUUAUGUAGCUGCAAUGUUGUGUACAUUAUGACCAUUACCUUUUUUUCUUACAUUAUGAAUUAGAUGAAAAUUUGUGAAUAAAAAUGCAAGAAAAUCUCUUUAGUUUUCAGCCCAUUAGCAAGUUGCCUUCUAAUUUUCUCCCAAUACUCCCACUACUGCUUAUAUAAACACUAUUCAUGUGAAAAAAGUUUCAUUGAAAAUUUUUUUCAUAGCAAUAAGAAGUAAAUUUGUGAAUGAUAAUAUUAAUUAGAAACAUAAGUGAACUAAAAUGUCUUGCCAUGCAGUACAAUGAAUAUAUCAUGUUACUUUUACUUACCAAGUUACAAACUGCUUGUGAGUCUUCAGAGGGAGCCCAGAUUUUGCACUGUGUAACAGAAUGAGAAUACAUAAGAUAGCGUAUCUGUAUUAGAUGGGUAAUGUCAAUUUUUUUUCAAUAUUGUUUUUCAUCUAAGAAAAACACUAUUUUAGAGCUAGACCUGACUUGUUUAAGAAUGAGUUCAAACCUUUAGUUUGUGGUGAUUUGGUUAGUUAUUUUUAAAAUUUUGAAGCAAGCACUUUGCCCAAGUAAAAAUUAAUGGUUCUACCAUGUAAACAUUUCUUCACUCUGAAAUAUCUUGGUGACUGAAUAAUUUAUAUAACUUUUUAAAAAAUUAAAUAUACUACCAUUUUUGUCAUCUGUCAAACAGGAAUGUAAAGUUUAAAUUCAUAUUACUUUAAUCAUGCAAUCCACUGUGCCAGUGUAUAAGGGUAUAGUGUUGGUGAAGACUUGAUUUUAGGAAUGUGGCUCUUCCAUCAGUGCAGGCACGCCAUCUUCUGGUGAUUUUUGUUCAAAUUGCUACAUAUUAAUGUUGAGUUCCUUCUGCUGAUUUUACAAUAACGAAUACAACCGAAGGAACAACAGAAAAAGUGAGCCCCAUGUAUGUGUGUGUAUAUAUACAUAUAUAUGCGUGUGUAUAUGUGUAUUUGCAUAUAUACAUAUAACUAGGGUUCUUAUAAAGAGGGAGGACUUUUUUUCACUUUUUAAGGAAGGAAAGGCAAAACAGCUUUUAAAAAUACAUCUUAAAACAUAACUGGCUAAAAGAUAAAAUGGACAUUUUACUGAGACUAAUAAAGGGUAUUAGGGAGAAAAAUGAACAUUUUCCUUAAAGAUAUUUUGGAAAUUUUAUCUUGGUUUAGCAAAUGUUUAAGUUCUAAUUCCAUACUUGAAAAAUGAAACUUAGGAAAAACUCUUGUGACAUACAUUCUUAUGUAUACGUUGAUAUUUUGAAAAGUAACGACCUGAUCUCUGAAAUUGUCACUUUUUCAUACCAUUAGAGUGUAAGCUCUUUAAGGGCAGGGAAUUAUGUCUUUUGCUUUUAAUAUGACACAAUGAAUAAAUCACAUGUUAACUCAGUUUGCCAGUACCGAAACUGUCAGUCUCGGCACAUGGUUUUUACCAAACUGAAACUUGACAUUCUUUGUUUUUAUGAAAGAAAAAAAAUGACUAUGGAGUGUUGGUAAUUGAGUGUGUAUUAAAUACAAAAUGAUACGGUGUCUGCCUAAGUAUUUUCAUAAUUUAUGUUUCAAUUUGAUUAUCACCAGUUUUUGACAUUUGACAGCUAUAUUUGGAUAAAAUUAACCCAAGUAUUUUCA